UUUCACACACUCAGUAUCUGUCGCACACUUUUUUCUUAUCCUUAUUCGAUCUCUCUCUCUCAGAUGCACGCACACAUACACAGAUGUGAACAAACACCGACACACACAAUCACACACUGUGUGGCCUCUCCGGUGGGUAAACAGUAAGUCGUUGUACUUUGGUUCCAUCACCGAGUUCAGGCUUUGGCAAUUCUGUUGAACGCAGACGGAGAAGUGACGGCAACAAGAUGGCUGGGGUUUAUUUACUGGCCCUUACCGCUGCUUUCCUGCUGGAGGGACUGGCAGCAGAAAUCACAGAGGAGAACACAGCUGUGUUCGUGUCUCAGCAGACGGCACACGCAGUGCUACAUCGCCAGCGCAGGUACAACAGCGGCCAUCUUGAAGAAAUAAUGCACAAAGACAAUCUGGAGCGGGAGUGUAAAGAGGAGAUCUGCUCAUUUGAGGAGGCCAGGGAGGUGUUUGAGAACAAUGAGAAAACUAUGGAAUUCUGGGCCGGAUACAUUGAUGGUGACCAGUGUAGACCAAAUCCCUGCCAGAAUGAUGGUGCGUGUCAAGAUGGAAUAGGUUCUUAUAUCUGCUGGUGUGAAUCAAGCUUCAGUGGCAAGAACUGUGAGAUUGAGGUGGCCAAGCAGUGUUCGAUCAACAAUGGUGGAUGUUCCCAUUUCUGUAAGAUGCAGGGGGAGAUACCUGUGUGUCGGUGUGCAGCUGGUUACAGUCUUGAUCAAGACAAGAGCAGCUGUAAACCAACAGGACCCUUCAGCUGUGGCCAAGUGAACUUGUCCCCCACAUCCAGCAACAGGUUCUUUGUGAACCCACGGGCAUCCAAUGGGACAGAAUCUUUCAAACAUAGCUUCAAUAGCAGUGAAAUUCUGCAGGAUGACUACAAUGACUACAACACGACACAGUUUUACGAUUACUACGACCUCCCUGCGAACGAUUCUGAGCCGUCGGACAUUCCCGUGGCCCCACACGUGCGUUUGACGAGGUCAGAUUCAGGCUGCCCUGCAGGUCCAUGUCAAUUUGAAACCACUGAAAGUGAGCCAGUUGUCAUUGACAUACCAGUGAUAAAGCUGGAGCACUAUUUCCCCACACUCCCCACCAUCACAGCAAAAGAGAACACUGACCAGAGGAUUGUGGGAGGUAAUGAGGCCACUCCUGGAGAGAUACCAUGGCAGGUGACCCUGAUGACUCACUCAGCUUCCCUUGGGAGAGGGCAGCAGUUCUGUGGAGGAUCUCUGCUCAGUGAAUUCUGGGUGAUCACUGCCGCUCACUGUCUGGUGGACGCUGCUGUCCCUAAAAAAGUUUUCUUCAUCAGAGUGGGUGAACAUGAUGUGAAUGUGGAUGAGGGUCCAGAGAAAGACCACUUGGUGGCAGAGCAGCACAUCCACCCCAGGUAUGACAUUAAGAAGUCGCUUUAUAAUCAUGACAUUGCGCUGCUGAAGCUCGCCACUCCAGUGGAACUGUCAAACCAGCGGCUUCCCAUCUGUCUGGGCCCCAAAGACUUUACAGAGGGCUUGUUGAGGGAGUCCAGCAACUCCAUGGUGAGCGGCUGGGGACGGCUUACAUUCCAGGGUGCUUUGUCCAGCAAGCUACAGAAGCUGGAGGUCCCCUACGUGGAACGCACCCACUGUAAACAGAGCAGCCGGUACCACAUCACACGCUUCAUGUUCUGUGCUGGCUACAAAACUGAGGAGAAGGAUUCGUGCCAGGGGGACAGUGGGGGCCCGCAUGCCACCAAUUACAAAGGCACCUGGUUCCUGACGGGCAUAGUCAGCUGGGGGGAGGAGUGCGCCAAGGAUGGGAAGUACGGCAUCUACACCCGAGUGUCACAAUACUACCCCUGGAUCAGUCAGACAACAGGGAUUCAAAUAAACAACUGAUGCCAUGCUGCCGUCAAGAAAGCAAACAAUAUACCUUGUUCUGUAAUUGAGAAAGUGAGAAGUUUUUUCCAACUCUGUCAAGUGCUAAUGUUAAUGUUGGCUUUUCAAUAAACUGCAAUGAGAAUA